AUGGCAGCAACCGCGGAGCUGCUGCCUCCUUCUAAAUCCCAAUAACUCAUCCCGGCGCCUGGAAUUUUCAUGGGGGUCUGCUUUGUCCUCCACAGACACCCUCUGUUCCCACUGCUGACUCUGCUUUUUGAGAAGUGUGAGCAGGCCACACAGGGCUCUGAGUGCAUCACCUCCGCCAGCUUCGACGUUGACAUCGAGAACUUCGUCCAUCAGCAGGAGCAGGAGCACAAACCCUUCUUCAGUGAUGACCCUGAGCUGGACAACCUGAUGGUGAAGGCGAUCCAGGUGCUGCGCAUCCAUCUCCUGGAACUGGAGAAGGUCAAUGAGUUGUGCAAGGACUUUUGCAACCGCUACAUCACCUGCCUCAAAACCAAGAUGCACAGUGACAACCUACUCAGGAACGACCUGGGGGGGCCCUACUCUCCCAACCCCUCCUCCAUCAGCCUCCACCCCCAGUUGGGAGAAGGAAAUUUGUGUCUCAAGCGCAGUGCGAAAGCAGAAGGAGAUGCCCAAGGACUGCAGGAGUAUCAGCAGCAGUGGCCAAACCAGGAGUAG